UCCCCGAAGCUGCUGCGAGUUGGGAGAACUCAGCUGUGGUGGGGCUCCGAGGUUUUCUAUGGGGCAGUGAGGAAGAGGAGGACGAUGGGUCCCGGGAGGUGCAACUGGGGUAUGGCGGCCCUGGCCUGGCUCUGGGGGGCAGCGGCGGCUGCAGCGGCCGAAGUGCGAGAGGAUCCUGCCCACCUGUUUUCUGAAGUCUACCUGUGCCAGCAGGAUUCCCUGCUUCCUGAGAUGGUCCAAACUCUGGACGACGAAGAGCUCUUCUGGUUCAACUCCUCGGAGUCCGCCUGGCAUGCACGCCUCCCCGAUUUCCAGCCAGGGGUGCAGAACCGGACACCCCAAAGUCACAUCCGGGUGCUGAACCAGCUCUGCAACGAUGUGCUGGGCAACUUUUCGUACUAUUUCGCAAUUAUGCCGGAAGCGAAAGGUAUUGCUCAGGUGAAUGUCUUCCCCCUGCAGCCGCUGCAGCUGGGCCGGCCCAACACGCUCGUCUGCUCAGUGACCAACCUCUUCCCUCCGGCGGCUGAGGUCACUUGGACGUACCAAGGUCAGCCCAUGACCCAGGGGGUCUCCACCCCUCCAGCAGUCCCUGUGCAGGACCUGGAGUUCAAGCUCUUCUCCUAUUUGGAGGUGACUCCCCAGGAGGGAGACAUCUACAGCUGCAACGUCAAGAGCCCCCGCGACACCUUCAGCAUCCAGGCGUUCUGGGUCCCCCAAGAUCCCGUCCCCUCGGAGCUCCUGGAGAACAUCCUGUGCGGCGUGGCGUUUGGGGUUGGCGUCCUCUUUGCCAUCGCGGGGGUGGUCCUGGUGGCACUAUCCUGCAAGUGCAACAGCACAGAAUGAAUUCCCGAGAGUCGACCUGAAGGAGGGAUUUGGAGGAGAAGGAGCAUCACCUUUAAAGUCACCCACCCAUUUCCCCCCCCCCUUGCGGGAACUGCCCCUCAAUGCCAGAAUCUCUCUGUGUGUGUAUAUGUGUGCCCAUUUGCAUUCAGUGAGCCGCGAACAUCUGUCCACCCUGCUUUUGUCACGUGUCUCCGUUGCCACUGGCUCCAGGCAGGGGUGGGAGAGACUCCAGUCUGUGAACCCGGAGGGAAACUGCUGCCAGUCAGUGUGGGCAGUCCUGGGUGAGGCGGAUCAGUGAUGUGAGUGAGCUUCUUCUGUUCCCGUUAAAGUUAUCACUGCUAGAGAAGCAAAAGGGUCAAUGAGGGGGUGGAAGGAGCAGAGGGCAGGAGCCCAGCCAGGUUUGGCUGAAGCAGUUCUGGCUCAGAUCCCACUUCUGACACCACUAUCGCCACCAACCCCACUUCUGACACCACUAUCGCCACCAACCCCACUUCUGACACCACUAUCGCCACCAACCCCACUUCUGACACCACUAUCGCCACCAAUCCCACUUCUGACACCACUAUCGCCACCAAUCCCACUUCUGACACCACUAUCGCCACCAACCCCACUGCUAGCACUGGCACUGUUGCUGCGCUGCAGGUUUGUCAUGGCCCUUGGCUAGAACAAGAAACUUGCAUAGAUUGAAUAUUGCUAGCCCCACAACCAUCGCUCACCCCACUGCUCACAUCACUAUCACCACCAUCCUGCUCCUCCCAGCUAUGGGUCUUUCUCGCCAGGACAGGGACAUGGCUUGGCCUCAGAUCUAUUUUCUGGGCAGGCCCAUCAGCACCCAGCUUUUCUGCCACACCCAGGGGAAUGAGAGAUCUUCCUAGUCUGCCACUGUUCAUUUAACAGGACCUUCUCAUGGAGGUACAGAGACCAUCACCUGCUAAUUGCUGCGGCAGGAGACGGCUGUACCACACAACUCUUCAUAAUGGGCAGCUGGGCCCUGCAGCACAGUUUUUAUUUUGUGUGUGUGGCAGGGUUGAGCCCAGGCACUUGUGAAAUGAUGGUGCCUCUGAGCGUGUCAAGGGUGCUGUCCAUUAAAGCAAGGAAGCGCAGAAGUAAUCCCCAGAAGCCCUCUCCCUUUUCUAGGUUUUAGCAUCAUAGAAUCAUAGAGUUGGAAGGGACACCAGGGUCAUCUAGUCCAACCCCCUGCAAUGCAAUAAUAUUUGGCCCAAUGUGGGUCUUGAAUCCAUGACCCUGAGAUUAAGGAUCUCAUGUUCUACCAACUGAGCUAUCGGGGAUGUGCAGGCUCAGGAAAUUUAGUGGGGGGGGGAGAGCGUCACCGCCGGUUAAAUUUCUGCCCUUUCAUACAGCUGCUAUGGGGAAGGCUUGAAUAAUCCCCGGGACUCGCCUACCUUGCAGGGUGGUUGUGACCGGCAACAUGAUAAAAAAGGCAGUGGGCAUCUUCUUAGUUUUAAAAGGCGGGGGGAGACUAGGAGACCCAUGGAGGACUAAAGAAGCAUUGCAACUUUUAAAAGAGAGAGGUGGAAGGAGCAAAAAAAGACCAGGGGAGGGAGGUUUGUAGGGGGAGGGGUGUUUUUUGAUCUUACGGACGCUGCACCUACAAUUGUUCCUGCUCAGUGAUGUGUCCUUUCCUUUGCGUUCCUGACGCCGGGUGCCAAAUGGAGUUCUUGUCAGGGGUGCAGAAAAUAAAAUAAAAUGGAAAAGAAAAAAAAGAUUUUGCAA